AUGGUCCUUCACCAGCCUGUGGUGCACGCUGCGGUGUUUGCCCUGGCAGCCCUGCAGGCCCUGGCCUCAGACACCUUCAUUGCAGCCGUGUACGAGCACACCGUCAUCCUGCCACGUGCUGCUCCUAAGACAGUUUCUCCUGAAGAUGCUUUGGCCCUGAUGAACAAGAACAUGGACAUCUUGGAAGGAGCCAUCAAGGAAGCAGCCCAGCAGGGCGCACACAUCAUUGUGACUCCUGAGGAUGGCAUUUAUGGCUGGGUUUUCACAAGAGAAGCCAUCUACCCGUACCUGGAGGACAUUCCUGAUCCAGAGGUGAACUGGAUUCCCUGCACUGAUCCCACAAGAUUUGCUCCGGCACCAGUGCUGGAACGUCUCAGCUGCAUGGCCAGGAAUAACUCCAUCUAUGUGGUUGCGAACAUUGGGGACAAGAAGUCGUGCAAUUCCAGUGAUCCCAGUUGCCCCAGUGAUGGUCGCUACCAGUACAACACCAAUGUUGUCUUUGACUCGGAAGGGAAACUGGUGGCUCGUUACCACAAGUACAACCUAUUUAGACAAGAAACACAGUUUAAUUACCCUAAAGAGCCAGAAGCUGUCACCUUCGAGACACCCUUUGGGAAGUUUGGCAUUUUCACUUGCUUCGACAUCCUUUUCCGGGAGCCUGCCGUGGUGGUGGUGAGCGAGCUCCAGGUGGACACGGUGCUCUUCCCAACGGCCUGGAUGAACGUCCUGCCCUUUCUGACUGCCGUGGAGUUUCACUCUGCCUGGGCUAUGGGCAUGAGAGUCAAUUUAUUGUCAGCAAAUACUCACAACAUCAGAAUGUCUAUGACAGGGAGCGGGCUGUUCACGCCUGGCGGAGCGGCUGCCUACUACUACAACAGUGAGACAGAGGAGGGACGUCUCCUGGUAGCCGAGCUGAGCGCACGACCCCGUCUUUCUCCCACCUACCCUCCUGCAGUCAACUGGAGCUCAUACGCUACAAGCGUCAAAAACUUUACAGAAGAUAACACUUUUCUGGGAGCUGUCCGGCGUGAUAUAUUCACUUUCAGUGAACUCAACCACGAAGAUGGAAAUUAUACAGUUUGCCAGAAGGACCUCUGCUGUCAUUUGACCUAUAGGAUGUCAAACAAGAACAAUGAUGAAAUUUAUGUACUUGGUGCAUUUGAUGGGCUUCAUGGUUCUGUCAUAAAAUACCAUUGGCAGGUAUGCACGCUGCUCAAGUGUAGGAGCACAGACCUGAGCACAUGCGGGCAGCCGGUAGAGACUGCGCAGACCAAGUUUGACAUGUUCUCCCUCAGCGGCACGUUUGGCACUAACUACGUCUUUCCAGAGGUCUUGUACAGCGGGGUGCAGCUGGCCCCUGGCGAAUUUGAGGUGCUACCUGAUGGACGUCUGGAAAGUAAGAAUAGCACAUCAAAACCACUCUUAACAGCAACGCUUUUUGGAAGACGUUAUGAAAAGGACCUGAAGCAUCCCCUGCGAAACUCCCCAUAA